AUGCCAUCAAAUAGUAAGACUGCUGAAGAAAUUCAAUCAUCAUUAGUUCAAGUUACUAAUUGGGCACGUUCAAAUUGUGAAUGGGAUAAAGUUUAUCAAUAUAUAGUUUUAAAUCCAGCAGAUUUUUUUGCUAUAUUACCUGAUCGUAGAUGGUCUAUAUCACAUCAAGUUGUUCUUCAUGGUAAUGUUGAUCUUUUUAAACGUUUUCUUGCACUUUUUUCUGAUGAAAAUAUUGAUAUUCGUAUUAAAACAAAAGAUAAUAAAACUUUUCUUGAUAUUGCUAAAGAACAACAAAGUACUCAUCAAGCUAUGUAUUCAUAUAUUGAACAUUUAUUUUUACAAGAUGAAUUAAUUGAACAAGCAAAACAAUCUAAUUGGCGUGAUGUUAUUGAAAUACUUGAAAAAGAUAAUAAAUUAGCAAAUGAAAAACCACCAUAUUCACCUUGUUUUCUUAUACAUUAUGUUAUUGAAAAUAGUGAUACAUAUAAUUUAGAAUUAUUACUUGAUAAAUAUAAAUGUUUAACAAAUGUACGAAAUAGUGAUGGUGAAACUCCUUUAGAAUUAGCUAAAAGAUUAAAGAAAUAUGAUAUGUGUUCUAUACUUGAACCAAAAUUAGAAACAAAAAGAAAUACAAUUUCAACAACAGAAUUAUCAAUAUCAAUACAAAAUUUAGAUCGAUCAAAUGAACGAUUAUCAUAUGAUUCUAUAAUAUCAUCAGACAAAUCACUUCCAUUAUCAUCACCAAGUACAACGCCCAAAACAGCAUCAUCGACUAUUGGAUUUGGUAAAAUUUUAAAUGAUCUUCAAUAUAAUAAUUUUCAAUUUGAACAACCAAAUACUAUUAAUUCAGAUCAUAGUCAAUCAAGAACUCCAUAUCAACAAAAACAAUCAGGAAUAUCUCCAAUCAAACAUGUUGAAGUAAACAGAUCAAUUAUUAGUGAAUGUCCUUUAACUGAUGUAAAUCCGAUAUCAUCUACUAUAUCAAAUGAACAUGUCGCGAAAAAUUUGAAAAAUCCUUCGAAUAGUUCAAGUCCAACAGUAUCUAUGGUUUCAACUUCAUCACAUGAAGAUUUAACAAAUGAGGUUAAAUCUUCAACGACUAAUACAAAUCCAACAUCAUCUGAUAUAUCCGAACAAUUUAUGAGAGCUUUCAAAUGUCCUUUGACACAAAAAUUUUUUGUUGAUCCUGUUAUUGCUAGUGAUGGUCAUACAUAUGAACGAUUAGCUAUACUUGACUGGAUUAAAGUACAUCGUUGUUCACCAACAACUGGUAAACCUAUGGAUGCAACAGUUCGAGAUAAUAUUGAAAUUAAAAAAGUUCUUCAAACAAUACUUAGACAAUCUUAA